AGUGAUUCUCUCUGAGUCAAUUUUUUUCUGCGUUAAGGGAUUUUGGGAUUUGUUUCUUUUGUGAAAGAAGAAGAUGGAACUAGAUCUUUCUCCUAAGUUGGCUAAGAUAGUGUACGGCGGGGAUGGUGGAAGCUACUCUGCUUGGUGCCCCAAUGAACUCCCAAUGUUGCGUGAAGGCAACAUCGGUGCCGCCAAGUUGGCCCUUGAAAAGAACGGAUUUGCCCUUCCUCGGUAUUCAGAUUCAUCGAAAGUUGCUUAUGUUCUACAAGGAACCGGUGUUGCUGGAAUUAUUCUCCCUGAAUCUGAGGAGAAAGUAAUAGCAAUCAAGAAGGGUGAUGCCAUUGCUCUCCCUUUCGGUGUCAUUAGCUGGUGGUACAACAAGGACGAUUCUGAAUUGGAGGUUCUCUUUAUGGGAGAUACCUCUAAAGGUCACAAGGCCGGCCAAUUUACAGAUUUCUUUUUGACUGGCGCUAAUGGUAUCUUCACUGGCUUCACAACCGAUUUUGUCAAAAGAGCAUGGGAUGUGGAUGAUAAUACUGCUAAGGCUCUCAUCGGCAACCAACAAGGUAGAGGCAUUGUCAAGCUUGAUGCCAGCGUUAAGAUGCCUGAACCGAAGCCUGAUCACCGAAAAGGAAUGGCUUUGAACUGCGAGGAAGCUCCUUUGGAUACUGAUAUCAAGAACGCUGGAAAUGUCGUGCUCUUGAAUACAAAAAAUCUUCCUUUGGUUGGUCAGGUGGGGCUUGGUGCUGAUCUGGUUAGAUUGGAAGGCAAUGCAAUGUGCUCCCCGGGGUUCUCUUGUGAUUCAGCUUUGCAGGUAACCUAUAUUGUCAAGGGCAGCGGCCGUAUCCAAGUUGUUGGUGUCGAUGGAAAAAGGGUCUUGGAAACCAUUGUGAAACCGGGUAACCUGUUGAUUGUGCCGAGGUUCUUUGUUGUUUCAAAGAUUGCAGAUCCGGAGGGUUUGUCGUGGUUCUCGAUCAUCACCACUCCCAACCCUGUAUUCACUCACUUGGCUGGAAGCAUUGGGGCAUGGAAGGCUAUAUCCCCUGAAGUUUUGCAGGCAGCUUUCAAGGUUCCGGCUGAGACGGAGAAGCUUUUCCGGUCCAAGAGAACCAAUGAUGCCAUUUUCUUUCCACCGCCGAAAUGAAGAAUCAAAUCUCUUAAGCUGUCGCUAGUUUUAGUUUUUUAAAAUAAAAAAAAAAUUGUUUUUAGGAUGUUUAGCGAAUAAACUAUUUUUCUUUCGGUUUAUGUUAGUGAUGUAAUAUGAACGAAUUAAAGGUUCUCAUAAUAUUACUUUCUUUCUUCGCAAAA